AUGGCCCCCGCACCUUCCCCCCCUCCCUUGGAGGACCCCCCCGUGGAUUCGGGGGGAAAUAACGAGAGUGUGGCUAAAAAAGCCAGUAAAGAAGUUAUGCCUGAACUGGCUGUGUAUUUGGGCCACAGGCUCGAUAUGGACGCUCUGAAGGGCGCAGAAGAGAGCAUGGUGGGAAAUACGGCUCAAGAGGUGGGAGGCCCUCGCACUCGCUCUCGCGCGAGCUCAGUAACGGGCAACCUUAUUGAGUUUGUGCGACCGACAGAGACCUCAGUUGGUGGGCGCAAAAAGAGGCGCCUUGACAACGGAGUGGAGUAUGACUCCGCAGACUCCGCGGCGAGCUCCAUUGAUAUGGAAGUAACGGGGCUUACAGCGACGAAGGGGAAGACUCCCAAAGAAGGGAGACACUACGUGGGUUCCGGGGCCGCAAAGGCGGCUCUGACCAAAAAUAGAAGGAAGGAGUUCCUCAGAGACCCAGGAAGCGACUCUGAAGGAGACGUCGAUGCACAGCCUCGCACUACGGGAUCUGGGAUAAAGGCUGUUAGGGACCCCAAUGAUCCGGCAGAAGUCCACCUCCACAAGGUUCGCGAGGCGAUGGUCGAGAAGACCAUGGAGGUUUUAGGGGUGGUAAGAAAGUCCGGGAACCUGAAGGGGACCUGCCAGAAGCAAAUAAAAAAUGCGCUGGCUAGACUGACGUCUCUGGCAGAGUCCCUGGAUGCGGAUCUCAUCCCGAGAUCAGUGACGCCCCUUCUAAAAAGGAACUCAAAUAUUGAGUCGGAGCUUCACAAACUUCGGAAGGAGAAUGAAGAGCUUAGGGCCAGGAUAGCCGCAGCUCCCCCUCCGGAGAACUUGAGGCCGACCCCGGCGUACAAUCACGGGGCAAAUCCCAAGAGAGGGAAUGACUGGGACACAUUCAGGUCCCAGAUCAUGGAGGAUGUGGGCCGCAUGAUGCAGCGGCAAACCGCCGAGCUCAUGCGGCAGGUGAGAAGUAUGGUUGCCCCGCAACCGGUGGAGGUGGACACGGAUGACCAUGUCCCCGAUUAUGUUUACCGGCCCCCACUUCAGAAUGGGGAUCAAAUAGAGGCCUACCGCCAGCAGGGCAACAUAAGGCCAGGAGUGGUCCCGCAACCUAGCGGAAGUAAGGCGUCACAGACGGCGUCACGUAGAAAAGGGGCGAAGGCCGGACAGUCCCAGCCUAACCCGCCUAAAAAGACUGGUCCGGCGGCUGCAACUCAGCAGCCUGCUGCGGCGGUGGACACAUGGGCCACCGUUGUAAGGAGGAAUGGGCGUACUACCAGUGUCCCGGAGGCGAAGGCUGGGCCAUCUGGAGCCCAAACAAACAAGGGCGGGUCACAGCCGAAAUCCCAAUCCCAAAAGAAAGGGGCCCCGUCCCCAAGCAAGUUGCGAGCUCCCCGCUCUGCAGCUGUGAUUCUCGCCAUCCCGCAAGAAGCGGAAAAGGCGGGAACCAGCUACGCCGGUAUCCUCAGGGAGGCUAAAGCAAAAAUAGACUUAGCCUCCCUAGGAAUAGAGGAGCUCCGAUUUAAAUCGGCAGCAACUGGUGCGAGGAUACUGGAGAUACCAGGAUCCCAGAGCGGGGACAAGGCAGAUGCCCUUGCACGAAAGCUGCGAGAGGUCCUCGGGGAGAACCCGGUACAGGUCUCCAGGCCCACCAAGACCGCAGAGAUGCGGAUAAUGGGUCUGGAUGACUCUGUCACCCCAGGGGACAUCGCAGAUGCGGUGGCACGGGAUGGGGAAUGCUCACCUGACGAGGUUAAGGCUGGGGAAAUCCGCCUUAACCCCUCGGGACUGGGCACAUGUUGGGUGCGGGCGCCGAUAAUGGUGGUUAAGAAAAUCACCACGGCAGCCCGCAUCAAGGUGGGUUGGGUGUCGGCCCCGGUCGAACUGCUGAAGCAGAGGCCGCUGAGGUGCUUCAAGUGCCUCCAGACCGGCCAUGUCAGGUUGCGGUGCCCGCACGAGGGGGACCGCAGUGGCCUCUGCUUCAAAUGCAGCAAACCAGGCCACAAAGCCGCCGGCUGCACAGCCGCCCCGAGUUGCGCCAUCUGCCGCGAGGCAGGCAAGCCGGCGGACCAUUGGAUGGGUAGCAAAAAUUGCUCCCCAGGCAGGCAACAUGCCAAGAAGGGGCCGGCACCUGCAGCACCUGCGACCGCCGCCGUCCCGACUACGAAUAGUUGGGCCGGGCUGGUAGAGGAGAUGGAGUUGUCAUAA